AUGAGAACCAAAACAAAUUCCUCUUGGCUUUUUGCCUUUGCCAUUGCACUCCUCUCAAUCAUAUUAGCUCUAUAUUCCGUCCUUCCUUCCUCCAUGACCAACAUUGUUGUUAACACUACUUCUCAUAAUACCCUGGACUUGUCUGUUAUUAGAAGUGUUGCAAGACAAGGCGGCAUGGAAGAUUUCUUAUCUCUUUUAAUGAAGAUUAUGUUGAGAAAGCACCAUACUAGAAUGCAGUAUAAGAUUGAAUGUGAUGGAAGAAAGUGGAGCUCUAGCCUUAUGUCUCAGUACAACGUGUCACUUGUUUUAACAGUUGGGUUAAACGGGUGUGCAAAUUUUACUAGUGUCCAGAAGGCAGUAGAUGUUGUUCUGGAUUUUACUCCACUCAAGACUUUGAUUCUAAUCGAUUCUGGUACUUACAGGGAGAAGGUAACAGUUCAUGCUACCAAGACAAACAUAAUCUUUCAAGGUCAAGGCUACUCAAACACAGCUAUAUCGUGGAAUGACACUGCAAAUUCCACUGGAGGAACAACCAAUAGUGCUUCAGUUUCUAUCUUUGCUCCAAAUUUUACCGCUUAUAAUAUCAGCUUCGAGAACACAGCUCCAGAGCCAGACCCGGGCGAAAUUGGGGGUCAAGCAGUGGCACUUAGAAUAGGAGGUGAUCAAGCUGCAUUUUAUGGAUGUGGGUUUUUUGGUGCUCAAGACACCCUUCAUGAUGAUAAAGGAAGACACUAUUUCAAAGAAUGUUUUAUUCAAGGAUCAAUUGAUUUCAUCUUUGGAAAUGGUAGAUCAUUAUAUGAGGAUUGCACCAUUGAGUCAAUAGCAAAAGAAGGAUUUGGUGGGGUUAGUGGGUGCAUCACGGCUCAGGCCAGAGAGUCAAUGAGCGAGGAAACAGGCUUCUCCUUUGUGAGUUGUGCGAUUAGUGGAUGUGGGCAGGUCUGGCUCGGACGAGCUUGGGGAGCUUAUGCCACUGUCGUCUUCUCGAAAACAUAUAUGUCUUCGACUGUUUCUCCGGAUGGAUGGAACGACUGGACAGAUCCCAUGAGAGACCAGACAGUAUACUUCGGAGAAUAUGAAUGCUUUGGAGCUGGAGCAGACCAUAAACAUAGAGUUUCAUAUGGAAAACAACUUCUGCAAAAUGAAGCAGCUCCAUUCAUGGAUGUUUCAUACAUUGAUGGGAAUCAGUGGCUCCUUCAUCAAAACAUUACUCUCUCUACUUCUCCUCACCAUUAUGAUCAAGAUAAUGUUGUACCCAACAUGUAAACACUUAAAAAACAUAAUUGUAGUUAAUA